AACUAAUUGCUCUUAAGAAACUAUCUUUGAAUAAAUCCCAGCAGGGAGAAAGAGAGUUUCUGGCAGAGGUGAGGUUGAUCACAAGUAUCCAACACAAAAAUCUUGUUCGCCUUCUUGGAUGUUGCAUGGAUGGACCACAAAGGAUUCUUGUCUAUGAAUACAUGAAGAACAGAAGUUUGGACCUCUUCAUAUAUGGGAACAAUGCUGAUCGAUUCCUGAAUUGGAGCACUAGGUUCCAAAUUGUUCUAGGCGUGGCAAGGGGAUUGCAGUACCUUCAUGAGGAUUCACAUCUAAGAAUUGUUCACCGAGACAUCAAAGCAAGCAACAUUCUUCUUGAUGAUAAGUUUCAUCCCAAGAUUGGAGACUUUGGCCUUGCCAGAUUCUUCCCUGAAGACCAAGCUUAUCUUAGCACACAAUUCGCUGGAACAUUGGGUUAUACAGCACCUGAAUACGCUUUAAGAGGAGAAUUAUCAGAAAAGGCGGAUAUCUAUAGUUUUGGAGUUCUGUUGCUCGAAAUUAUUUGUUGUAGAAAAAACACAGAUCUCACCUUGUCAUUGGAAAUGCAGUACCUCCCUGAAUAUGCAUGGAAACUUUACGAGAACUCAAAGAUUAUGGAGCUUGUAGAUCCAAAGCUGAAAGAAGAGGGGUUCGUGGAGAAAGAUGUUAUGCAAGCAUUCCACGUGGCAUUCCUCUGCCUUCAGCCUCUUGCAAAUCUAAGACCUCCGAUGUCAGAGAUCGUGGCACUCUUGACAUUCAAAAUUGACAUGGUCACAACACCAAUGAGGCCUGCGUUUCUUGAUCGAAGGCGCAAAACUGAUUUUCAAACCCCUUCCCCAGAAGUAAUAUCCAUGCUUUCACAUCUCCCAUGAGUAGUCUUAUGUAGUAACCAGAAGGAUUGCUUAAACGGAUCUAUAUUCAGAAGAAAUUCUUGUAUAUUC